ACUUGCACGUCAGGCCGUUACCUUCUUCAUCUCACCCGCGCGCGCUCGCACCCAAAGGGCCGGGUUUUCUAUCAAACAUAGAGAAGGCAGGAAGGCGGACGAAGAGCGGGAGAUGGCAGCCACGUUGAGACCGGCGAUCCUUCGCCACAUCCGAAUCCCCGUCCAAACCCUAGCUCGAUCGAGGCGUCUCCCAUGCCUCGAUCCACUCCCGGCCUCGAUGAUCCGAUCCAUGUCCUCCCAUGGCGACGACCAUCUCACCAGGGAGGAGGUCGUCGAGCGGGUCCUCGACGUCGUCAAGAGCUUCCCCAAGGUCGAUCCUUCCAUGGUGACGCCUGACGUCCAUUUCCAGAAGGAUUUGGGCCUGGAUAGCUUGGAUAAUGUGGAGAUCGUGAUGGCGUUGGAGGAGGAAUUCAAGCUGGAGAUACCGGACAAGGAGGCGGACAAGAUCGAUUCGUGUAGCCUGGCCAUUGAGUACGUCUCUAAUCAUCCCAUGGCGGUUUAAUUUGGAGGAAAACUGGGGAAGAAGUUUAAAUAUUAUCCGUGAUUGUGAGACUCAAGGGAUCAUGAUGGGCCCUGUUGAAUGGAUGGUUUAGACUGCAUAGAUGAGACGAUAACCCCAUCGCCAGAAUUAUGCAAAGAUCCGAGCAAAAUAAUUGCGGAUGAUGGAAAUCUGUACCCAAAGCUCCUAUCAAGAGAUAUAUACCGUAUUAUACUGCAUACAGAGAGGUUGUUUUUGUGAACCACAUCCAUAUGAUAACGGAAGUAAUCUUAUUAUUGGUGUA